GAAAAAAAAACAACUGGAAAAGCUGCUGCACUGCUCUGUACCUCUGCAUUGCUAGGCUUUCUACAGUGAAGCAACUUCUGUCAGACUUUAUCAGGCUUAUUGUUAAGUCAAAACUCAACAGAAGCUGCUGUGAGAAUCCAUAAUUGAGAGGGAGAAUUACCUAAUUUUCAACUCUUUUCCACUCCAGUCAAAAAAAAAAAAAACCACUGGUAAGCCAUGUGAAAAUUCUGUUGGACUACAGAUUGCUGCUGCUUCAUCUUACUGAUGUUUCUGAACAUCCUGACAAACUUCAGUUUAUGUGAUAGGUUAAUGCUAUGAUGUGGAAUUUGAAGUUGCUUUCCAGAUCUUUCUCCUGCUUCCCUCUGCCCUGCAGCCUGAAACAUAUCACAUGACCCUCUCGGUGCAAGUGACAUUGGUCCGCAUAAUAAAUCAAGCGGUGUUUCUUUCUCUUCCAUUGUGAUUGCAGCACUCAUUCAGGAGUUAGACAUACAGAAGACAUUCCUAUGGUGUACGGAUGUUCUUUGGGUAGUAAGAAAAAAAAAAUAGGGUAGGAAGUUCUGUGAAUCAGAUGAGGGAAUCGUAUCAACAGUACGAUUCAAGGCUACUGUCUUAACAUUCCACAAGCUGAAACUCAGAAAGCCAGAAGAUAAGUAACUUUCUGUAGUUACAAUCCCUUAUGUAGCUCUGUGACGAGACCUAAUGGGUGCACAGCAAGGUAAACUUCAUUUCUUCUGUUUAUUAACACUUGCAGAGCUGUUGCGCAGCCACUGGUACCUGUAUUGGGGAAACAUAGCAUACAAGCAAGAACCUUACAGCCUCAGUGGCGAAAAUUUUUUCAUGUCAGAGACCGAGAACUCUUGCAGUCGUUUAUGUCAUCCCGUCUUCUCCAGACAGAAGAUACCAAAAAACUGCAAUCAAAGAUCUCUUCAUCUUAUUGAUAAAGCUACUAAUAAGGCAAAAUGUCUGUCAACGUCAACCGCAGUGUUUCAGAUCAGUUCUAUCGCUACAAAAUGCCCCGUCUGAUUGCCAAGGUUGAGGGCAAAGGAAAUGGAAUAAAGACGGUUAUAGUCAACAUGGUUGACGUUGCAAAGGCGCUUAAUCGGCCUCCAACGUAUCCUACCAAAUUUUUUGGUUGUGAGCUGGGAGCACAGACCCAGUUUGAUGUUAAGAAUGACCGUUACAUUGUCAAUGGAUCUCAUGAGGCGAAUAAGCUGCAAGACAUGUUGGAUGGAUUCAUUAAAAAAUUUGUUCUCUGUCCUGAGUGUGAGAAUCCCGAAACUGAUCUGCAUGUCAAUCCUAAGAAACAAACUAUAGGUAACUCUUGCAAAGCCUGUGGCUAUCGAGGCAUGCUUGACACAAACCAUAAACUCUGCACGUUCAUUCUCAAAAACCCACCUGAGAGCAGUGACACUGGUACGGGAAAGAAGGAAAAGGAAAAGAAGAACAGAAAAGGCAAGGACAAAGAGAAUGGUUCUGUGUCUAGCAAUGAGACACCUCCACCCCCACCACCGGAGGAGAUUACUCCUCCACAGGUUGUGGAGGAGGAGGAUGAUGACGACUGGGGCGAAGACACAACAGAAGAAGCGCAGAGGCGUAGAAUGGAUGAGAUUAGUGACCAUGCAAAGAACCUCACACUUAGUGAAGACCUGGAAAGAACAGUGGAAGAGAGAGUCAACAUAUUAUUUGACUUUGUGAAGAAAAAGAAGGAAGAAGGUGUCAUUGAUACUUCUGACAAAGACAUUGUAGCAGAAGCAGAGAGACUGGAUGUAAAGGCUAUGGGCCCUCUAGUUCUGACCGAAGUCCUCUUUGACGAAAAGAUUCGUGAACAGAUAAGGAAAUACAGACGUCACUUCCUUCGUUUCUGCCACAACAACAAGAAAGCUCAGAGGUACCUUCUCCAUGGCUUUGAGUGUGUGGUAGCCAUGCAUCAGUCUCAGCUUAUUUCAAAAAUACCACAUAUUUUGAAGGAAAUGUAUGACGCAGAUCUUCUGGAAGAAGAAGUCAUCCUUAGCUGGGCAGAAAAGGCCUCAAAGAAAUAUGUUUCAAAGGAGCUUGCCAAAGAAAUUCGUGUCAAAGCAGAACCAUUUAUUAAAUGGCUAAAGGAAGCUGAGGAAGAAUCUUCCGGUAAUGAAGAAGAAGAUGAAGAUGAAAACAUUGAGGUGGUGUACUCCACAACCGCCAGUGUACCUAAAGUUGAAACUGUGAAGCCUGCAAACAAUAAAGAUGAUGAUAUUGAUAUUGAUGCCAUUUAAAGUGAUGCAACAUAGCUUCCAGUAUAAUGAUGCAAACUUCUCUGCGUUUUUCUGCCAGAAGUGUGACUUGUAUGUGCACAAGCUGAAAUGGCUUAACAUCCUGCUACUCUUUGUAUUCAAAUAUGUAUCUUUUUACUGUGACUGGUCUUGUGUAACUAAGCCUAAUAUCAAGGAGUCGGCACACCAGUGAACUGAUCUAGUUUGCAAAUGGCAUGUUAUGUUUUGUUUUUUCUAACUUGUGUUGGACACAUACUUGGAGCACAUUUAUACAGUUGUGGAAAUAAAGGAUUUGGUUUUGGUCAAUCUUCA